UCGGGCGGUGACGUAACUUUCCACUUUGGCCGGCCUUCCGCGCGGGCGGCUCUCAGGAGGGGCUCGGGGAACAUUUAGCGGGGUUCCCCGGUCCCUCGGCCCUUGGAAGCGCGAUGAGGUCGGUUAGCUACGUGCAGCGCGUCGCUCUGGAAUUUAGUGGGAGCCUCUUUCCGCACGCGAUAUGCCUCGGAGACGUCGAUAACGACACGUUAAAUGAACUGGUGGUGGGGGACACCAGCGGGAAGCUGUUCGUGUAUAAGAGUGAUGACAGCCGGCCGUGGCUCACCUGCUCCUGCCAGGGCAUGCUGACUUGCGUUGGGGUCGGAGAUGUGUGUAAUAAAGGAAAGAACCUGGUAGUGGCGGUGAGUGCCGAAGGAUGGUUUCACCUGUGUGACCUGACGCCUGCCAAGGCCCUGGAUGCUUCUGGGCACCAUGAGAGCCUGACGGCAGAGGAGCAACAUCCAGUGUUCAAACAGCAUAUCCCUGCCAACACCAAGGUCAUGCUGAUCAGCGACAUCGGUGGGCAUGGCCGUCUGCAAGCAGCCGGGGGAAUAGGAGUCGAUGAUGGAGACGGGCGUUGCGAGCUGGUGGUGGGUUACACAGACCGCGUGGUCCGCGCUUUCCGCUGGGAAGAUCUGGGCGAGGGCACUGAGCAUCCCAUGGGACAGUUGGUGUCCCUCAAGAAAUGGACACUGGAGGGUCAGGUGGACAGUCUCUCGGUGACUCCCGGGCCCCUGGGUGUGCCAGAACUGAUGGUAUCUCAGCCGGGCUGUGCUUACGCCAUUCUGCUGUGUACCUGGAACAAGGACACCGGGCCCGCCCCCACCUCAGAGGGAGCCCCGGAGGGCAGUAGAGACACCCUGGCUGCCCGAGAUGUUAUGUUGCACCAGACUUCCGGCCGCAUCCACAACAAGAACGUCUCCACCCACCUCGUUGGCAACAUCAAACGAGGCCACACCGCUGAGAGGGCUGGCUCUGGCCUCUUUGCCCUCUGCACUCUGGAUGGGACCCUGAAGCUGAUGGAGGAAUCAGACAAGCUGCUGUGGUCGGUGCAGGUGGAUCACCAGCUCUUCGCCCUGGAGAAACUGGAUGUCACGGGCAACGGGCAUGAGGAGGUGGUGGCCUGUGCCUGGGAUGGACAGACGUAUAUCAUUGAUCACAACCGCACCGUCGUCCGCUUCCAGGUGGACGAGAACAUCCGAGCCUUCUGUGCAGGCCUCUAUGCCUGCAAGGAGGGCCGCAACAGCCCCUGCCUCGUGUACGUCACGUUCAACCAAAAGAUCUACGUCUACUGGGAGGUGCAGCUCGAGCGGAUGGAAUCGACCAAUCUGCUGAAACUGCUGGAGGCUGAGCCAGAGUUCCAGAACCUCCUGCAGGAGCUGGGCGUGGAUCCUGAUGACGUCCCAGCCGUCCGUGCCCUGCUUCACCAGACCCUCUACCAUCCGGACCAGCCACCCCAGUGUGCUCCUGCAAGCCUCCACGAUCCCACCUAGCCGGACUUGCCCUCUUAGCUGAAAAAGGAGCCUCCUGAACCCCCCCCACCCCCGGGUAUCCAUGGUGCUGGCAGAAUAGGGAGCAAACAUCACAGAGGGGCAUGGAAGGAUGGCAGCCAUCCUGGGGGGCUGUGAAAGAAGAGACGAGUUGGCCUUCUGUUCGUUUCCUCGUGUACUUUACCCAUCACAUCGGCAGAAUCGUAGGACCCCCACCUCGU